AUGAGCCAAACACAACGCCUCCAACGGUACAACACAGGAUCCAACGGGGGAAGAAGCUAUGAGCACCUUCUCGUAAACAUGCAGACGGCAGCAAGCCGCAACGCCUAUCAGACUGCCAGAAACAUCAUCCAGAAGGAUAAUCUUCUUGGCUUGUAUCGCGGUUUCAGCCCUGUUAUAUUGGGGAUUGUACCCAAGAUCGCUAUACGCUUCGCUAGUUUUGAGACGUAUAAAUCGCUUCUGGCGCUUCCAGAUGGGAGCCAAUCUAGCCAACGGCUGCUUUUGGCUGGCCUGGCAGCAGGAGUGACGGAGUCUAUCCUUGUUGUAACACCCAUGGAGAUGGUGAAGAUCCGACUGCAAUCCCAGAAGCGUGCUGCGAAUCCCCAACGAGCCAUACAAGUCGUCCUGGAUAUCGUUCGUAAUGAGGGGAUUAGGAAAUUAUGGACUGGAAUUUCCCUUACGUUGUUACGGCAGGGGACAAACCAAGCAGGUACUCCUGGGAAACCCCGUCUUGGAAUCAUGAAAACUGACUCAUCCCCUCCUCUUGCAGAAACAAGGGUUCAGAAAUCGCCAUCUCGGCCUGGUGAAAGCAGCUUUCGAAGGAUAGUCCACCAGACUAGUCAGCUUGUCACAAACGAGGGCCUGCCUGCUUUGUAUAGGGGUAUUGGGCCGCGGAUUCUUCGAGUGGACAUAGGCCAGGCCGUGUCUUUUACGGCGUACGAGUUUCUUAUUGCACGGAUUACUCUCUACAAGGUUGCGGCUGUGGAGUCGAUACCACAUCGAAAGAUUUCGAUGGCAUAG